UAAGUGGAAUGUUAUUGUCUACACUGCCAUGUGUUCUAGGAUGGGUCCUGUUCAAUGCAGAUGUAACAGUAGCGAAACUUGGCAUUGUGGAGGCAGUGAUUCACACUUGCAGUAUGAAAACAUCUCAGCAUGAAGAAGCUUUGAACGAUUCUUGUCAAGAUAGAAUUGAUAUUAUAUUGAAGACAUCAGUGAAAUUAAAGGAAUCUCAAUUUGUCACUGUAAAUAAAGUGUACAGUCCAGAUGAUCAGGAGGAUGUGAAACUGCUUAAUCCUUUAUUGAUAUAUGUACAUCUAAAGAAUGCAAGACUGAUCUACCCACUCAAGUACUUACAGACAGUUAACAACAAAGCUUAUGAAGUGUUCUUUCACAAGGACAACACAGAAAACUACCAAGGUUGUAAGGAAAGUUCCAUCUGGAAAAUGUGUGGGAAAAUGUCUGGGUCUGAUACCAACAAGGGAUUUUGUUGCUCAUGUGAUGACUACAGAAAUGACAUCUCCUAUCACAUCCGCAGUGGACAGGACUGCAGUGACAAAAUCACUCCCUGGCAGAAGGAUCCUAGUGCCUACCACUCCAGUACUCAUUGUCUCAGAUAUGACUCUGUCUGGUACCAUGUUUACGGGUUGAAGAAACCUUCAAAAGAAUAUGACAUAUCUGUGGAGAUAUACACAUUCAAUAAAGCAGAAGGCCUAACACCUGUCACAGAGAACAACAUAGUGGUGGGAACGUCCUCUUCCAGUCUCCUCUCCAGUAACAACAAGGUUUCUGUCAGCAUCCUCAACAUACAGACCAAUCCAAAGAAUGAGGAUCCACUUAGCUACAAAAGAAAUGUCAUCUUAAUUCCUCAACAGAUUGGGAGGAAGGUGGACGGUGAACAACUUCCUCUUCAGUUACAGGGAAAUGCUUCCGAGUUUUUGGUGCUGAAUCGCGACCAUUUAGCUCUGAGUGGUGGUGUGUGUGAUAAAGUGGGCGUGUCUUAUAAGGCCUUUGUAGACCAGAGACACAGAUGUGGGAAACCUGCCCAGAGUUGUCUUUGGAACCAACCAAUGCAAUUCUGGCUACAUGAUAUAGAGAAACAGCUACAAAGGAAACCUACUAAAUACUUUCUAUCAGGACUUGCUGAGAUAAACAGUGAUCCUCUUAUACAACAACCUUCAAGUUUGGCUUUGUCUGUCAUCUCAAAGGGAAGAUUGACUGCUAACCUGUUCAUUCAAGUCAAAGUUGGCAACACCUUCCCAGCCAGACAAGGGAGAACAGCACAGAUUACAAAGAUUGCUCACACUUAUGAAGGGAAGACGAGCACUGUGAGUGUGUCUGUGUACAACCCUGGUCUGGUGAAGGAGACUUACACUGUGUCUCUACACUCCUGUAACACCAGUCGAGUCACAUCCCAGGCCGCACAUGUUGCUGUCCCAGCCCACCAUUCUAGUGACGCUGUCUUCAGGUUUAAGGGUUUGGCUGGCCACCAAUUGAUAAUAUGUACAGUGUCUGUUUCUAACCACCUUCAGCACAACGUGAGUGAGCGAACCUUUUGGUUCAGAGAAGAAGAGACUUGUAUCUGUAUAGAGAACAUCAGCUGUACAUGCCAAAGUCAGAGGUUCCAUUCUAAACUUUCUAUAGAAGCUGGUGUUCUCCCUUUUGCCCAGACGUUACUACUCCAGGGCUACUUCUCCGGACCAGGUGAUCGGAGAUUUGUCAUCCUCCUUAUAGUGCUGCUGCUAAUCAUACUAGGCUUUGUGAAAGGUUUACUGAGUUUAGCCUUCCCAGUACAGAUUGGCCAGUGUGGUCUGUGUCUGCUGCUUCGAGAGAAACCCCUGGAUACUUACUAUGAACGGGAGUUGGAACCAUUUGAUAUAACAUACAAUGAGGAGGGCAUUCCAGUUCAUCCGGUAAAUCAUAAGCCAGUACAGUUGCUGUCCAGAUGUGAACUGAUGUUCCUCAAUCUGUUUUUUGGGUUCUACAUUAUAUUCAUCCUUCCACAUUAUCUUCUGAACAAAUGUAGACGACACAGACACCAACCACCAUGUCCAAAGAAUGUUACGGAAACUAAAGUGGAUUCACCAGAGAAAACUGAGAGACUACAAUCAGUCAAGCCACACAGUUUGUCCCAGAUCAAUCUGAAAUCUUCUGUUAUGUCUAAAUCAGAGAAAGAGCUGGUGAUGGAAAUCUAUAAAAAGCAAAAACAAAAACUGCUGCAUCAUAAAGAAGUUAGCAAGUCGUUGUCUAAAAAUGAGAUGGGAUCAUACCGAUAUGACAUUACUCCUCCAGAUUCUGACAUUGAUGAAUCUCCUAAUAGAAGAAUGACAAGAAUUAAAGAAGCCCAAGUUUCAGGACGACAAACUGGACCCGAUUUAUUUACACACAAGCAGACCUUAAAGUCGUUAUUACAGACAGAUCCUGUCUACUGUAAUAUAGAUGGUGAACCUUCAGUCUACCUCAAGAACUCUGGUGAUAAGUUCAGUCUGUGUGGUACCCUGGCAAAGGAAAAGAGAAAAUUUGUCUUCCAGUUGGGGGAUUAUACAUUACAGACUUAUGAAAAUGUUGGAUAUCCAAAGCUGUUGUCCAGACCACAGAGAAUCAUACAUCCCAUCAGUUUUACAAUGUGUCUGACAUCAGUCGGUGUCCACAGGAUGAUAACAGCUGAACCACUGUAUCCAUGUCUGAACAGGAAGUCCUGAGUAGUCCCACUGCUGUAUCUGUGUGAACAGGAAGACCUAAAUGGUCCCAUCACUGUAACUCUGUCUUGACAGGAAAGCCUGAAUAUUCUCACUGCUAUAUCCUGUUAGAUUUAUAAAUUUUCUAGUCAAAAUCCUUGCCAAUAUUGUCUUGAUAAAUAUAUUCAAACACGAUUGCAAUUAUGACCCUAUAGUCCUAUACAGAAUUAAUUUAAGUAUUUUAUUUUAAUGAAAUGUAUUAUGAUUACAGUAUUUGACAUUUUUAUUAUUUGUUAUUUAAAGUGCCAUAGUGUUGAUGUUAAAUUUGACUAUGUUUGUAUUCUUUUGUGAUUUUCAUGAAUUUUUAUUUAAAGUGCCAUAUUGCUGAUGUUAAAUUUAAAUUUGUUUGCAUACUUUUGUGACAUGAGUUUUAUUUUUAUGUCACCUGAAAUGGGUCUCAAGUGACUUAUUCUCAUCACCUUUGUCCAUCCUGCAUCAUUGGUAAAGAAUUUUCAUUUUCGGCUUCUUCUUAAUGAAAUUUUGCAUAAGCCAUCCAUGGCCAAAGGUUAACCAGGAUUGUGAAUUAUAUGGUUCCCAACCCCCAGGAGCCUGAGGGACGGGACAAAAAUUUGUUAAAUUGAUUGAAACUUCAAGAUUCUUCUCAAAACUGAAAUAAGGUAGAAUAACCAAAAUCAUAAAUUUCUCGAUGGUGAGGUUUAACAUUUAUUUGCCCGAGGGGAGGAGAUUUACACUUUAGGAUAGUUUUUAUAGGGAAAUCACAUUUUUGACCAUCAUUUUUCAAAUAUCUGUUGGAAUUAAUUCAAACUUGGAACUAUCAGUAUGUGAUAGCAGUUUGAUGCACAUAUUAACCCUAACCAACCCCAAGGGCUAAUGGAAAGGACUAAAAACGGUCAGAUCGAGAGAAAUAGCAAGUGGUUACCUUUAUCAUAUCUUAAAUAAUGAAAUCAUAUCUUUAGCCCACCAUCAUGAUGGUCAGAUUGUGGGCUUGGUGUUCAAAUCACCAUUUGUCUGUCCAUCCAUAUACAAUAUCCUUGUUAGUGUUAUUUCACGGAAAGUUCUUGAUAGAUCUUUCUCAUAUUUCAUAUGUAGUUUCCCCUUGAUCCCUACUGUGCAAGUUCCAUUUUGAGAUUGAUCAGAAAACAAGAUAGCUGACAGGCAGUCAUUUUGAAUAUUGACAGUUGAAUUGAAGUUUGUUAUAGCCAUUAUAGCCAUUUCUCAAAGUUGUUCAUGGAUCUUUCUUGAAUAUAAUUUAUCUGUUUGUCUUACGUUUAAUUAAUUAAUCUGUUUGUCUUAUGUUUAACUUAGUUUAAGUUGUUACCAUAUCUGUCAGUGUUAAUAAUGAAUCUUAAUCGGAUUUUUUGUUUGUCAUUGUUUUUAUUCACAUUACUUGUUUGACAAAUCUUAUGUUAUUUUUUUCCCUCAGUGAACAAAGGAAAGUAAUUAAUGAAACAUAAUUAACCCUUUGUCCUUUUAAACAAAAUAUUAAAAUACAUGUAUGUUAAAUUAUGUUUCUUUCAAGCUUGGUUAUCAUAGUAAUGAAUAGCACUUCAUUUAUAUGUAAAUGUUUUUAUUCAUCUGUUCAGUAUUAUUGAAUGACCAAAGAAAUAUUUUUACUAAAAAGUGUAGUGUUGUGUUUUAAAUAUUUUUUGUAGAUUUUUUAAUGUUUCUAGUUAAAUUUGAUAAUUCUUUAUUGUUAAUGUAAUCAUUCCUCUAGGCAAGACUAGAUCUGAUCAGUCCACAUACAUUCAUCGAUGUAAGAAACGUUUAGUGCAGAUUGUUAAUUCAUUUACAUUCCAUAUAAUAAGUAUACAUCAAAUUCACAUGAUUGUAAUUUAUCUAUAUAUAUCCCUAUGAGUCUCCUGUGCUAUACAAACUGUGUUUAUUUUUCAAUGUUAUGGGAGAUUAUACAAAUGUACUAAAGUCGUAUGUUAUAUAUAAGCCCUGUAAAUGUAGACAUAUGGUAAGCAAUACUCUACUUGUAAAGUAAAUACUGUUGUUCAGUAAGAAUACCCUCAUUUGUAAAUUCAUCGUCCUGUAAUAAGCCUGAUUUGGAGUCUGAGUUUACCUGGUAGGCCCAUAUGUUGGCUGAUUACAGUAUAAAUGCUGACUUCCAUCUGGUUCAUUAAAAAUCAGUAAGGUAUCCACCAUCAGAUGUUUAGAGUUACUGCCCUUUAUUUCUCAAGCAUUGUCAUAUGUAUUUGUCCAUCAAGCAUGUUUUUAUAAAUUAGACUUGUAUGCAUUUUAUGGACAAGAGGGAUUUUUAGUUGCAUUUGAAUAUUAAUUUCAGUUAAUCAUUUGGUGUACAUUUUGUGCAGGAAGAUGAUUUUGAGGAAUAAAAUGUGUCAAAGUAAG